GUUAUCGACGCCGAUUAAUCUGAUUUGAAUUGCAAUUUCUAAUUGCGGAAAAAAGUGAGGCAAGUGCAGGCGUGGAUUUUGAAUUUUGAAUUAGUAGUUGUCGAAGUUCCGUUCAGUGAAGUUCUUGGAAAGCUAUUAGGAAGUGUGCGCUGCCGUAAUGGAUCCUCGUGGGAUGAAUCUGUGGGAAGAGGAGGACAACGGUUACAGUCCGAUUGCGGAGUAUUUUCGCGACAAGGUGGUCCUGCUGACCGGCGCCACUGGGUUCAUUGGAAAGAUAUACUUGGAGAAGUUGAUUCGAUGCGGGGCCAGCGAAUUGAUCUUGAUAAUCCGGGAGAAGCGUGGAGUUCCACCGGCAGAGCGAAUGACACGGAUCUUCGACUCGGUACCGGUGAUGAAGAGCUUCCAGCGGAACUUUAACAACUGUCGCGACCGCGUCAAGGUGGUCCGAGGGGACAUGUCCGAGGAUGGGCUCGGGUUGGAUCCCGCCGACGUGGAAUACAUCAGGCAAAGGGUUCAAAUCGUGCUGCACGUGGCGGCCGACGUUCGGUUCGACGAAACGCUCUUUAAGGCGAUCCAGAUGAACGUGAAAGGCACCUGGGAGAUGUUGAACUUGUGUGCGAGCGGAUGUUCUCGGUUGGAGAUGUUUGUGUACGUUUCGACGGCCUAUGCCAACUGCCUCCAGGGGACGGUUCAUGAACAGUUUUACGACCCGCCGAUGGAUCCGAUGGUGCUGCUGAGCUUGGUGGAAAAAAUGGACGCGGUCGAACAGGACCACUUUGAGGCGCUAACGCAAAUGAUUCUGGGCCCGUGGCCAAACACGUACACGUACGCGAAGGCUCUGGCGGAAUGUUUGGUGAAGCGGUUCUACGAGCGGAUACCGGUGAUGAUCAUAAGGCCACCCAUUGUGGUGGCCACAUUCAACGAGCCCGUCCAGGGCUGGGUGGACAACCUGUACGGUAUGAACGGGGCCAUCGUUGGCAUUGGGUGCGGCGUACUGCGGGUCAUCCAAACCGGUCCGGACGACAUGAAGAACGACGUGAUGCCGGCGGAUUUCGUCGUGAACGGGACGCUGGCCGCCAUCAAGUACACCGUGGACCGGAACGCCCUGGAGGCUCCUUCGACCGAUCCGGACCGGGUGGCCAUCUUCCACGUGACCAGCAGCGUGGACAACCCGUUGACCAACGCCCGGUUCAGGAGCUUGGUGGAAACUAUUGGGGGUGAUCACGCGCCGUUGAAUUCGCUCUGGAUUGGAACCUGCAUCAACUUGCAGUCUCGGCUGCUGGUCCGGCUGUUGACGAUCGUGUUCCACGUGAUUCCCGGGAUAUUUAUUGACGCUGGGUUGAAGUACUAUGGCAAGAAGACAAGCCUGAUGAAGAUCUACCGGAAGGUGGCACGGUUCACCGGGUUCAUCAACUAUUUCGCCACGCACGAGUUCAUCUUCGUGAACGACAAGAUGCACCGGGUGCUGGAGACGAUGACUCCGGGCGAUCGGGAAAAGUUCCACUGCGACAUCCGGACCGUCACCUGGGAGGACGUGUUCAACGUGUACGUUCCGGGGCUUAAGUUGUACAUGCGGCACGAGGGACCAGAAACCUGGAUUGCGUCCCGGGAGCGGUUCUACCGGUUGAAGAAGAUUGGCCUCGGGUUAUUCUAUAUUUUGCUAGCUAUGGUAGUGUAUUGGAUUUUGCCGUCACUACUAGCGGAUUAUGUUCCUGCGAUUUUUAAUUAAGUGUUCUAAAACGUAAUAAAAAUGCCUGAUUUCAAA